AUGAAUAAUCGACAACGUAACACCCCCUAAACCACUCUUGGUUUUCACUUUUUAUCGUAUAUCAGGUUAUUAUUCCCUUUCACUCAACCAAUCAAAAAUCAACAAGAACACCCCCCCCCCCCCCCGCCGCACACACACACACCAACCACCUACACACACCCAAACCUCAAAUCCCUACACUUUCUCCUCGUGCUUCUUCUUCUCCUCCAUAUAGUCCCACUAAGUUCCAUCAUCAAUCCAAACAUAUACCUCCUCCUUUUUUUCCAUUCAUGUGGUAGGGGAAAACCUUAUAAAUUAGUCCUCUUUGUUUCCAACCUUACUAUCAACCAAACAUCUUAAAUGUCAACCAGCAACAUGAUUCAAUAAUACUUACAAAACCAUGAAUAUGAUAUAAUUGUUCUCUACUCUGCCACUUUCAUAAACUACGGUAUCAUUUAGGGUUUUUUUUCUUCGUAAACUCACUGGUCCGACUAAUUCAAAAUACACAUAAACAUAUAUAGCAUAGUACUCUAGCUAAUUAUUAAAUCAAACAAAGAUGGGAAGAGGUAGGGUAGAGUUGAAGCGGAUCGAGAACAAGAUAAGAAGGCAAGUGACAUUCUCAAAGAGACGAUGUGGAUUGUUGAAGAAAGCUAAUGAGAUCUCCGUUCUAUGUGAUGCUGAUGUUGCUUUGAUUGUUUUCUCUACCAAAGGCAAGCUCUUUGAGUACUCCACUGACUCCAGUAUGGAAAGUAUUCUGGAAAGAUAUGAAAGAUACUCAUAUGCAGAGAGAAAGAUGAAUCCAAUUGACUCUGAUCCCAAGGAAAAUUGGAAUUUGGAGUAUCCGAAGCUCAUGUCAAGGGCUGAGCUUUUACAAAGAAAUAUAAGGCAUUAUAUGGGUCAGGAUCUGGACCCUCUAAGUUUGCGAGAGCUCCAGAGUUUAGAGCUACAGAUUGAUACUUCAUUGAAGCGAAUACGAAGCAGGAAGAACCAACUGAUGCACGAGUCCAUUUCUGAGCUGCAGAAAAAGGAGAAAGCGCUGCACGAACAGAACAACUUGAUAAAUAAAAAGCUGAAAGAAAAGGAGAAGACACAACCCAACUCAGGCCAAAACUCAGCAACCUUUCAUGUGCCUCCAUCACAUUCUCAUCACCAACUUGUUCCUAACCUAUCAAUUGGGGGGGCUUUUGGAGGAACAAGGGAAAUGAACAUAGAUGGAUCAGGUCAGGCUGAGUAUCCUGGUUCAAAUAAUAAUUCCACCUUGAUGCCGCCAUGGAUGCUCCGCCACAUCAGCAACGAAGGGUGAAAACAAGAAAAAAGAAAAAAAGAAAUUAUUCUUCAGGGAAGAGUAUAAAAGACGUACUACGUAAUAUUGGAAGUUAAUUGGAACCACACCAUUGUGUUAUGUUGUGGAUGUAACAUUGCUUCUACAACAGCUAGAUAUAUAAAUAGAGGUACGUACGUCCAUGUACGUAUAAUUAGUUGUAUAUUGUUUUGUUCAAAACAAUAUAUUGAACCUUACAGCUUGUGAUAUGUAAUAAAACUUGAAUUUAAUUUUUGUGCACGGUGUACCAAAUAUUCUACACUAUCAGGUAAAUUUUAUCCGCUGCUGGUUAAGUUUACGUGAUAGUGUAGAAUAUUUUAUACACAAACAGUGCACAAAACUUAAACUCAUAAAACUUUUCAUCCUUUCA